AUGUCGGCCAAGCACGCCAAAACCGCAGGCACUGCCCCUGCUGAGCCCGCUGCUACCAACACCAGCGCCAAGCCUACAGCCGAUUCUGCAUUUGCUUUUGCUUCUGUACUCACUGCCAGCCAGCCGCUCGCUGCUGAAUCUACUGCUACACAGACUACACAUGCUGCGCGCAAGCCGUCAGGCUCUUUGCGAAAGUACCCUGCAUUUGACACCCGCGAGGCCAGCAGCCAAGAACUGUCGUCCGAGGCAACCGUUAUUUUGCUGCACUCUGACUACACAGUGCAAGAGGAUGACGAAGAAGAAGAAGAGGAGAAAGGAGAUGUCAGCAUUGGAAUAUUGACGGCUAACACCUCGAUUUAUAAGGGCUUCACUGCUGGCGCAUCGGUUCUUGAAUCGCAAAUGACGAUUAUUGCGCCGUCAUCGCCCAUACAUUUGCCGGCGCUUGUCGAAGACGAAGAGACAUUCGAGACUAAAGAGUCUCAGUUUUCCAUUAAGGCCCUGCAGCCAGUGGUCAUCACGAAGUAUACAGAUUUGUCUGAGACAUUCACGGAGCUUGCCGAGCUGCUGUUCAGCAUCGAGGGAAAAUAUAACGUUGGGUUGGAGACGCUGCAUUUGACUGUGCAGUAUCUGGACCGGUUCCUGACGCACACCAGUCUGGUGGUCGAUCCCAGUAUGCUGCAGUGUUACGGCACGGCGUGCCUCUCUAUCGCAAUGAAGGCCGAGGAGCACCGCGUGCCGUCACUGUCGGAGCUCACCGACUUUUCCAAGGACGCGUUCACGCGCGACCAGCUGAAGCAUGCCGAGAUCGAUGUGCUCACUGCGCUAGGCUGGCACCUAGCAGCCCCUACGAUAUUCGAGUUCCUCAGUCUGACGUUCCAGCGUGCCGCGCUAGAGUUCCCCAGCCAGUUUGCCGACCCAACAAUACUUGGCGAACUCGAUCCCGAAUGGCAGACGCAGGAAUGCCCGGCAGCCAUUGCCAGGCGGUUUGACGCGCGGCAGUUUGCUAUUGCUUGCGAUUACGCUGACGCGCUGCUCCACUGCCAGAACGCCCAGCGGUUUUAG